GAGCUGGGGCAGCAGGUUGCAGGAGCUCCAGUGUGCCGCGUUCUUAUCAGUCAUCGGGUUCAGGUUAUACCUGUAACAGCCUAGCUAGUGCUUCCAGUUAAAAAUAGCAUGGAAGGACUCAGGUUCAAAGAAAAACAAUGCUGGCAAUCUGCACAAAGAACAAAGGAUAUAAAAAUCUUACCAAACGUGAUACAGUUUGUUUGGAAGAUCGCUUACGCUCCAGCUUAAUGAGCUACUCUGAGCGUCAGUGAUGUUUGGCGUGUCUUUGUUUAUCCUCGGUUCCAGGAAACGCUUCACCGGUAACAGCCACAAAACAGAAGAAAUGCAGCUGGACGCCUCAUCAAUCAUGUGGCACACUCUGCUGCGUAUCAACUUUUACCUGGUAAAGGGAGAGACGAGUGGGAGUGACUCUGGGAAGGACAACCGCCGCCCUUACAUGUAGGCGCAGACACCUGCACGCACGCUUUUAGCAGGUUUAAAUGCCAGACACGUUUUAUAGCUGAGAGCGCGAGAAGGCAGAGCGGGCCUCAAGCAUCUCUGGAGGGUUUUGGACUUACAGCUUCCUCUCUGGUAUUAGACAACGUUGAAUUUACCAGUUUUGUUUCAGGAUGUCUUUAUACGGCAGUUUUCUGACUGAAGACCAGUUCACCUGCUCUAUAUGCCUGGAUGUGUUCACCAAUCCUGCAUCAACACCAUGUGGCCACAGCUUCUGCAUGUCCUGCAUCUCCAGAUACUGGGAUGGAUGUCUGAUUUGCCAGUGUCCUUUGUGUAAGAAGAGCUUUCAGAAGCGACCGGACCUCCAGAUCAACAGGACUCUGCGAGAGAUAACCGAUCAGUUCAAAUCUAUGAAAGGUGGAGGGUCAGAGAAGGAAAAGAAGGGCGGAAGGGGAGCAUAUAAAUCUCACAACUUCCUUGAAGAGCUAAAAAAGAAACUGCCAAAACCUCCACCGAAAGAAAUUUCUCAUCUGCACGACGGCACAGCUCAAGCCCAGGCCCAUUCCUUACCAGGUGUAUCCACGUCAACGUUGCACCCGCCGUUCACAACCCCGAUGGCUUUAUCAGUACCAAACCACCGGGUCUCUUCCAGUCUAAACCACAGCCCCGAGCAACAUCAUUAUAAUCAUCAAUACCAGUUUUAUCAUCAGUCCUCUCAAACGGCACCCGGCUCCAACGGCAACGGCCGCAGAAGGUUCACCCUGAGUGGGGCGGCCAGCAGCAAGAACCUCCCGCUCUGUGAAAUCCAUAAUAGGGGAAUAUUGCUUUAUUGUAAAUCAGACGAGGUUUGCAUCUGUCCUGAAUGUGAGAUUGAGGACCACAAUGACCACGACACCGUCACUGUUGAGACAGAGUGGAAAGAAACUAAGGGGCUGCUGAGGGACUCUGAGCAGGAGAUCCAGGAGAUGAUCAGUGAGAGGAGGAGAAAGAUCGAGGAGAUCAAGAUGUCUGUGACGGAACUGGAGUUGGCGGUGGAUAGGGAGACGUCAGGCAGCGUGUGUCUCCUAUCGACCCUGGCCUCUGCCAUCGAACGCUGCCAGGCGGAGCUGAUGGAGGUGAUGGACAACAGCCGCAGGGCCGCGGAGCACCAGGCCGACGCCAUGAUCCGGCAGCUGGAGAGGGAGAUAGAAGAGCUCCAGAAGAGAGAAAAAGCCCUCGCUGAGCUCGCCACGUCAGAGGACCCAGUGCACUGUGUCAAGACGUUCCCCAGCCUGUCCAGACCUCCAGUCACCAAAGACUGGUCUGGAGUGGCGCUGAAUGCUGACCUGGGAACAGCCCCCAUCUACAGAUCUUUGGCAGCUACGGUGGAAAAGUUCCAGCAAGAUCUGAAGAAUAUUCUAGAAAAUGGAUUUCCCUCUCCAGUAUUGGACGCCAGCGCGGUACACACAAAGCCCAGAUUUCCCCCUCCAGUAUUGGAAGCCAAUGCGAUACACACAAAGUCCAGGGUAAAGAAGAUACAGGAAUAUGCACUGAAUGUCACUCUGGAUUCCAGUACUGCCCAUCCCAGACUAGUGUUGUCAGAAGACUUAAAAAGUGUGUGGUGUGGAGAACGACACCACCAUGUGCCAGAUUCUCCAGACAGGUUCGAUAGAGUUGUCUGCGUCUUGGGAAGAGAAGCGAUCUCUUCUGGGAAACAUUACUGGGAGGUGGAGGUGAACGGGAAAACCGACUGGGAUCUGGGCGUGGCCCGUCAGUCAGUCAACAGGAAAGGGAAGAUUGAUUACACCCCAAACAACGGUUUCUGGUUUCUCAGUUUAAGAGACAGACACAAAUACGCCUUUCGCUCUGAGCCUUGCACAGAUGUCGAGAUGAACCUCCGACCUCAUAAGAUUGGAAUAUUUGUGGACUACGAGAAAGGAGAGGUAUCUUUUUACAACGUUGACGCCAAAGUCCACAUCUACACCUUCCAUGAUAUCUUCACCGAAAACCUCUUCCCCUUCUUCAGCCCCUGCACUAACAAAUCAGGAAAAAAUGAAAUGCCUCUGGUCAUCACACCAGUAACCAUGACUGAGUAAAAGCUGCCGUGUCUUUUAGGUUUGUCACAUACUUCAGAAUGAGUACAUUGUAGCUCCUUAUUUGUAUAUUUGCCACUUUUAAUGUGAAUAAAUCUGGAAUGUGAUUAUUUAAUACUGAUGGUUAGGAGGACUGUUCCUGGAGUUGCAGUCUCAGGACUCAACCAGAUUAACAAUGAUUGUUUUCUUUUUGUUGAUUUGUAAAA